AUGAUCAUUUCAUCAGGUCUGUUUGUCGUUGCGAGAUGUAUUGCGCGGUACUCGAUACACAAACUUGGAUCAGACGAUGUUGCCAUUAUUGUUUCUCUGAUAUCCUCUAUCCUUCUUUCGACGUACAUACAACUUGCCAUACACCACGGCUACGGAAUGCACAAAGCCGAUCUCGAAAAGCCCGAUCUUCGAAUGGCGUUGAAGAUGUUCUUUAUCGCUCAGACGCCAUACAAAGCAACCGUCUGCCUCAACAAAGUCGCUGCGAUCCUACUAUAUCUCCGACUAUUUGUCACAAAAUCGUUUCGUGUUUGGUCUUUCGUCGUGCUGGGAGUUGUAGUGGGAUACAGUAUUGGUGGUAUUGCAGCGACAAUUUGGCAAUGCGUCCCCAUCAAGGGCGCAUGGGACAAGUCAGUGGAUGCCAAAUGCAUCGACUCAAAUAAGUUUUGGGUUGCCUACGCUGUCCUCAACAUCUUGACCGACGUUAUGGUCUUGGCUCUUCCGAUUAUGCCCAUCAUGAGGCUUCAGACCAGUAGACGGGAGAAACUCCUGCUCUGCUGCAUCUUUCUUCUCGGUGGAUUUGUCACCAUUACAUCGAUCCUCCGAGUAACAUCCGUAUCAAACUCUCUGAAGAAUAAGAAAGACAUGACCUGGAACUUUAUUGAUCGCGGCGUAUGGACUCUUAUCGAAGCUAACCUGGGAAUCAUCGCCGCAUGUCUACCAGUGCUACGACAGCCUCUGGGCAAGAUCUUCCCCCGCAUUUUCGGAUCUACCAAAAAGAGCUCCUUGUACUACACAGGGCCAGGUGGUCCUGCAAAAGGCUACAACUUGUCAGAUAUAGCUGCUCGAAGCCCUCGACCAGGUAUUUGGAAGAGCGACGCAUCUCGAUCUGAACAAAUUAUUUCUGUUGGAGGACCGCAAACAGAAGCAAGUCGGGACAGCGACGAGCGUUGCAUUAUUGCCGAUUCGGUGAAAGGGAGCGAUUUUGGGAGUGAGCUGGCUGCUCACAGGCCCGUUCCAAGCAGAUAG